CCACAUCACCUCACUAAUGCUCUUGUGGCCCCAAAGAGUGCCCCAGACUAGGGUAUUUUUUCCCUCUGUAUCUUUUGUGCAUCAGUCAGACAUUCAGACUUGAAGCAAGUGCAGUCUGGGGCCCCAGGGGGUGAGCCUUGCCAAGUACAAUGAGCCCCCCACAAAAAAGCCAUUACCCACCCCAGUCGCAGUCAUUAUGCCAAAAUCCUGCGCAUGAUCUGCAAGUCACUCCAACUGGCCUGCAAGCCCCAUCCUCACGUGAGAUCCACAAUUUGCCCUUUCAUGUCUCUUGGGACUCGCUCUAUCCUGGGGCCCCUGACUAGAGUACCCCCUGUACCCCCCAUCGGUGUGAGAGAUAAUUCAUUAUAGUCACUACCUGACAAAUUGACUCCCCUCCAGUUACUCGGGUUUUAAUUGUCCUUUAAAAUAUGGAAUAACUUGCAAAUAAAGGAGCCAAUAAGAAUUGAUUCAGUUGGAUUUAAACAUGGGUCGGAGACCCCUUUCCACUGGAUUCCCAGACAUUAGCUUUGCUGGGCUUUAUUAUUGUCCCCCCAACCAGUACAAUCAGGGACCCUCCGUCGUACCCUCCCAUUUCAGUUGUGGUGGAUCCUUCACUGGCAGAUACUGCCCCUAUUUCUACCCAAACUCACACAGUCAGGGUCAUUUAUCAACACUGGGCAGUAACCAGUAACCAAUGAAAUCGUUGCAUUCAUUGUUCUACCUGCAGCUGACUGAAUAAAGCCACUCACUGAUUGGCUGCUGUACUUCACUGCUCAUGGGCAAAUGCACCCGGUGUUGAGAAAUGAGCCCCAGUUACUUUUGUAAAGCAAUUUGCCCAGAAAUGCCCCGGAAAUGGAUAAAAAAAAACAAAAAGACAUUGAAAAAGACAAACAACCAGAAAUACCAGAUUCAUCUGACGUCUAUAAAGUACAGACACCUGUAACUGCUGCAAAACAUUCAACUUCAGUCGCUCGGGGACAGAGGAACGAGCAGAUUUCAGAAGCCGCCAGACAAGGAUGACGACAAAAAAUCUCAGUCAGGGAUCAGAGCAAGUGAUCAAACGAGGAUGCCUGAUAAAGUCUCCGCCCACGUCUUUCCUCAACAGAGGGUGGAAAAGACGUGAGUUUAAGCUUUGCAGGAGCCCCGACGAUAUCUUUACCCUCAACUACUACAGCUGGGACGGAGCCACCGAGGCCAAGAAAGGCUCCAUAAACAUCAGCGAGAUUCAGAGCAUCACUAAGGGCUCAGCUUGUAAAGAGGACCUGGCGGCCACCCUGAAGACCUGUAAGUGCUCCCCAGAGAACGUCUUAGUGGUACGGACAGACAGACGCACUUACUUCCUGGCUGAUGAAGAUCCGGAGGAGAUUGAGGAUUGGUACAAUCACCUCACAGAAUCAAUGGAAAGGAGCCAAUCAAAUGGCAAAAGAGACAACUUUUUCAUUCCAAUUUCUUUGAUUUCAAGACCAUACACUGGGCCCUUUUCUCCACAUUAUGACAGACACACAAUUGAUUGCUUUGGUUUUGAUUUUAAUGAGCCGUCUCUUAUGGUCAAUGGGAUCCGACCCAAAUCCUAUCCAAUAACCAGUGACAGGUUCCAUGAGCCAAUCAUUGAUCUGAAUAGAUUGAGCAACCCGAAAACUGACUUGAUCCCCUCCAGUGAGCCCUUUCAUCUGUAUGAAGAUAUAACACCUGCAUUGCCUCCUAAGCAGAAAGGAGGCAAAGUGAGCAACUCUGCCCCAUCAGAACCAGUCACCCAAAAUACUGUUUCCCCGCCCAAGGUUAUCCCCCAGAUGAAAGAAGAACCUUUAGAUUUCUCUGACAUGAGUGACUCAGAAAACAUUGAUUCCUACAUGAAAAUGAAAUCUGUAAUAGAGAAAUGCCAAUUAGAAAUAAAGGAUAAAAGAGACCCGGAAUGUGCAGAGAGAACAAAACAAGCCUACGUACCCCAAGGGGGACAAUCCUUGAAAAGAGAGUCAAAUGAAUUAAAUAAAGAAGAUGAACCAGACGAUCCCCAGGCAAAAGAAGUGAAAGUGUCAAGAGAUGAGCUGCAGCAAUACUUAGAUGUGGAACAGCUUGGAGACUGUGUGUGUGUCUGUAAUUGGAGGGGCCCUAAAGACACCCCUUGUCUGUUCAACUAUGGGGACCGAAUUGAGACCAUGAACAGCAUAAGGCUAAAGAGCCAGGAAUUCUUUCUACAGCUACUAAAGAGUGCAACAAAUAACGAGGUGACUCUGACAAUUACCCAGAACUCUAACGCCACCAUUCUGCCCGCGAGCAGCUGCUCCAGCACAUGAUCCUGAUCCCAGCAGAGAUGGAUCCAGAUAAUGGGACAUGAACCUGCCAGACUGACAGACACCCAGGAGGAUUAUGGGACACCCCUUGUAUCCGUCAUGGGGCCCCAGUGCAAGUGUAUCAUUUUGUGAUCCUUUGACCUAUUGACUUCGCCUUUAGGGUCCAACCAGUGAUGUGACCCCAACACUAUGUCCUCCCCGCCCCCCAUGGCUUUGCCUUGGGAACAAAGAUCAAAGAGAAUCUGGUACAGCCAAUGAAUAAUCCAAAGAAUCAUAUCACAGAUACAGAAAUGACAUUUACAUAUAACUUUAAAGUUGUUUAGUAAAUAAAUAUUGGGAACUUACUUUACAUUAUAGUUUCUUCCAUUAGGCAAAACAAAUUUCCUUUAAUGGCUCCUGCUACAAGUUUUACUGAGAUUAGCAGCAGUGCAGCGUCACGGUGAUGUUGCUACAAGACAAGACCACUGAUCAUUAGGGGUGGCUCACCUUUAAGUUAACUUCUAGUAUGUUGUAGAAUGGCUAAUUCUAAGCAACUUUUCAAUUGGUCUUUUAGUCUUUUUUUUUUAAUAGUUUUUUAAGUAUUUGCCUUCUUCUUCUGACUCAUAGCAGCUUUCUAAUGACUCAAAUGUCUCUAAUCUUUAAGGCUACAUAUAUUGUUAUUGUUACUUUUUAUUACUCCUCUUUCUAUUCAGGCCUCUCCUAUUCAUAUUCCAGUCUCUUA